UUUGCGUCUGUGCCAGUCAAGGAAGCAGCCGCAACAUGAGCAGCAAGGAAGAGAUGGACGACGAGAUCCGCGAGCAGGACCGCUUCCUGCCGACGGCCAACAUCUCCCGCAUCAUGAAGGUCUCGCUGCCCAACACCGCCAAGAUUGCCAAGGACGGCAAGGAGACGGUCCAGGAGUGCGUCUCGGAGUUCAUCUCGUUCAUCACGUCCGAGGCGAGCGACAAGUGCCAGCAGGAGAAGCGCAAGACGAUCAACGGCGACGACAUCAUCUGGGCCAUGAGCACGCUGGGCUUUGACGCGUACGUCGAGCCGCUCAAGCUCUACUUGCAAAAGUACCGCGAAAGCGUCAAGGUCGAAAAGUCGGACAAGAAGGACAACGUCGGGUCGUUCGGCGCCUCGUCGUAGGGUGUACCUCGCUUAAUCUAUUGCCGUGCUUGUCACCGACAUGCUUGGUGGAUCCCCGCCGAUGAUCAUACAGCUAGCUGCAUGAAGCUUUGCCCGC